AUAAUGUUCAAAAAUCAAAAAACCAAAAACAAAAAGUCACCUUGAUUAGUUUCACAGCUACCAAUUCAAGUUUCUUAUUUUCCAAACCAAAAAAAAGAAAAAAGAAAAAGGACAGAAAGAGAAGGAGAAAUAUGUCAAACAUGCAGCAAAGUUUGAAUGCUGGCCAAACCAAAGGCCAGACCCAGGAAAGAACAGAAGAAUGGAUGGAAGCCACCAAAUUAGGUCCAACAAAUGAACCAGGAGACAUGUCUAGUAAUUCAGCUCAAGCUCAACUGUGUGCUAAUUCUGCUCAACACUCUACUCACCAACAUGAUCAAGAACCCAAUAGUCUUCUCCAACAGACUGGAGAGAAGAUGGUGCACAUGGCUCAGGGUGCUGUGGACACAGUGAAGGAAACGCUUGGAAUGGGUGACAAGAAAUGAAGAACAAGAUCUUUAAAAUAGUUAUUAAUUUUAAAUUUAUUAUUAAUACCUCUUUAUUUUUUCUAUAGGUUUGUGUCCUAUAUGUUCAUUAGGGCAUGGGAAGAACAAUUCCUCUGUUUGGAAUUUGGAUAUACAUUUUUUUUCAAUGUAAUAUAAUAAGGCAUAGCAGAUAUUGCAAAUGCAUAAAUGAAGACUCCAUAAGGGUUCACUCUCCCUCCCAUUCUUUUCUCA